CGGCUGGUUUCAGCCCGGGGUCAGCCUGCGGAAAACCCAUGUCGAAGAGGGGUUGGGAGAGGUUUUAUCACCGCAGACAGCACUUUUCUCCCUCUCUGUCGGUCUCAGCUGCUUCACUUUAGCUGCUUUUUAGCCUUAAUUUUUCUGUUUAGACGAUGUCUUUCGUCCCAGGUCAACCGGUGACCGCUGUAGUGCAACGAAUUGAAAUCCAGAAGUUGCGGCAAGGAGAGAACCUGAUUCUGGGCUUCAGCAUUGGAGGAGGUAUAGACCAGGACCCUGGACAGAACCCUUUCUCUGAAGAUAAGACAGAUAAGGGCAUCUAUGUGACCAGGAUAAGCCCAGGAGGACCAGCUGAAGUGGCUGGUUUGAUGAUGGGAGACAAAAUAAUGCAGGUGAACGGUUGGGAUAUGACCAUGGUGACUCACGAUCAGGCUCGUAAGAAGCUAACCAAGCAGAAGGAGGAUGUUGUUCGACUGCUGAUAACCAGGAAGUCACUGGAAGAUGUCGUCAGUCAAUCAAAGGGCCAAAACCCCAGACCGGGAUGCUUCACCUACAAACACUAACAUGAUGUAGAAAAACUCAAUGCUGUCAUGUCCACUAAAGAUGUCCACAGAUUCACAUGAAGCUUGCACUGGUGCCUUUUUCUAACUACGUUAAUGACAGACAGGAGGAAGUCACCUCCAAUUUACAUGACACACAUCUGAAGUUUGAAUGUGUCAGCAUAUAGUUUAACAUAAUCGAAAAGUUUAAAUGCCUGAAAAAAGGGUGGGGAACCCUGGAGCAAGAUUUCAACGUGGGAAUUCUAUUUAAAAAAAUCUAAAUCUCAAAAUUGUUAUAUACUGUUUGCAAUUUUGUUGUGAUUUUUCUGAACACUGGCAAACUAAAAAAAAGAGUUUUCAGAUGAACAAUUUGUUAUUGCGUUUAAGACGUUAUCAUUUAAUUCCCAUUUAGCAGCUUUUUGACACAUCAAAGCAUUCUUGAAGAGCUUUUGGGAACAUUUUUUUUGUCUUUCAGUCAUUUUAUUCGACCAAAGUAGACCUACGUAGGCUGACUAUAUUCAGAAAUGUUUUUUUAAUUGCCUCCUUAUUGAGCAGCUCUGCUCUUUUUGCAAAAAAUGAAUAAUGCCAAAGUUUAAACCAAGACACUGUUAAAGAUGAAAUAACACUCUGAAUGCAGUGUUUGUCAGAUUGUUUUAAAUCAUGGUACAGUAGACUGUGUAAAGCCUGUAAAAGUAUCUGUAUUGUUUUUGUACACUAACAAAUGUUCUGGUGUUUGUCUGGCUUUUGGUUAAUCACUAAUGUGGGUUUAGUUGAUGAUGUUUCUGUAAAUGAUUCAGUGACACUACAGCUGAUCUUUUGAUAAUUCAUCUACUUAUAUUUUGUACAAACUUUAUUUCAGACAAUACAUUUAUUUUUAAACGACA